AAUCAAACGUCUCAUAAACAUAAACACAUGGCACUCUUGGAGGGGCCCGUAUGAAUAAACCGGUUGUACUAAUGUAGGGCUUUUAUCAGUUAUGAAUGUGGUACCUCCGUACCUACUAGCUAGUUAAGUUUUGUGGAUGUGAACAUUGUAUCAUUUUGUUUCUAUCUAUAAAAAAGAUUAUAUAUUUUGCUUAAUGUGCGUCUUAUCUCCUCUUAUGUUGUGGCAGACGCUCUAGCAUGUAAUUUCUUCUGUUAACUCAUCAUGUUAUCAAAUCAUAUCGUUUAUAACUAUAGUCUGCUGGCACCUAGCUCCAGGAAGAUCAGAAAGAAAUCAUGAUUCUUUUCUACUUAGUUCUUAAAAUUUUCUUGAAGUAAGAAAUCAUAGUACAGUUGUCCCUUUUUGCCUUCAAUGUCAAAAUAAAUUAUCAUCAAGCAAAUUUAACAAUUUACUAAAAAUAAAACAAUAUAUCACUAAUUAUAACUUACUAUAGUAGAACCACACAUAACAACAUCUCAUCCUUUUUCUCCUUCAUACACUUUUCUUUCUCGCUCUUCCUUGAACCACAAGCAACCCAACAAUCUCGUUUCAUAUAUCUCCCUCAUUCUUCUCCCUUCUCCCUCUUCCCCACAAAGCAGAGAUGGAGAUAAGAAAGGAACCAAAUAUACCCAUGACUCUAGACUUAGAUUCUAAUUCUUCCAGAUCCUUGAUGGCUCUUCUCUUGACCAUUAUCCUCUUCCUAACCGGCCUAGCUUCAUCAAGUGGAGGCCCAACCAUUGCUUUUAAACCAGCAGAUAACAUUCUCAUCGACUGUGGGGCCAAGUCUUCAGCCAAAACACCUGAAGGUAGAGUCUUCAAGAGUGACUCAGAGACGGUUCAAUUCAUAGAAGCCAAAGAUCAUAUUCAGAUAUCUGCCCCACCUUCAGAUAAACUCCCUUCUCCUCUUUACCUAACCGCGAGGAUCUUCCGACAAGAAGCCAUUUACAAGUUCCACAUGACUCAACCAGGCUGGCAUUGGGUUCGUCUUCAUUUCUUUGCCUUCCCCAAUGACAAGUUUGAUCUCCAACAAGCAACGUUCUCUGUCUUAACAGAGAAAUACGUCUUGAUUCAUAACUUCAAGCUGAGUAACAACAACAACAAUGAUAGCCAAACUGUUCUUCAGAAGGAGUACCUCGUCAAUAUAACGGAUGCUCAGUUCUCCCUCAGGUUCAAACCUAUGAAAGACUCAGCCGCUUUCAUCAACGCUAUCGAAGUCGUGUCUGCUCCAGACGAGCUUAUAUCUGAUGCAGGCACUUCUCUUUUCCCUGUCAACGCCUUUUCUGGUCUGUCUGGUUACGCGUACCAGUCGGUUUACAGGGUUAACGUCGGUGGCCCCUUGAUCACGCCACAGAAUGACACACUAGGAAGAACAUGGACACCCGACAAAGAAUACUUAAAAGAUGAGAAUUUUGCUAAAGAUGUCAAAACAACCUCUUCGGCCACCAUCAAGUAUCCUCCAGGGGUUACACCCCUCAUAGCACCACAGACGGUUUACGCAACCGCCGCAGAGAUGGCUGAUUCUCACACCAUGGAUCCUAACUUCAACGUCACGUGGAACUUCCCAUCAAACCCAUCGUUCCACUACCUCAUCCGUCUCCAUUUCUGCGACAUCAUCAGCAAGUCCCUCAACGACCUCUACUUCAACGUCUACAUCAAUGGCAAGACUGCUAUUUCCGGACUUGAUUUGUCCACUUUAGCCGGGGGUCUCUCUUCUCCUUACUACAAAGACAUUGUGGUCAACUCCACGCUCAUGAAACCCGAGCUUCAGGUCCAGAUCGGUCCCUUGGGAGAAGACACGGGGACCAAGAACGCGAUUUUGAACGGGGUCGAGGUUAUGAAGAUGAGCAACUCAGUGGACAGUCUUGACGGAGAGUUUGGAGUUGACGGUAGAACAACGGGAGCAGGGAGGCACGGGAUGGUUGCGACCGCGGGGUUCGUGAUGAUGUUCGGCGCCUUCGUGGGCCUUGGAGCGAUGGUUUACAAGUGGAAAAAGAGGCCGCAAGAUUGGCAGAAGAGGAACAGUUUCUCUUCUUGGCUGCUACCUAUGCACUCGGGUGACACUACUUUCUCGUCAAGUCACAAAUCCAACUUGUAUAACACCACGCUUGGUCUCGGACGCAGUUUCUCCUUCUCGGAGCUUCAAGAAGUCACCAAGAACUUCGAUGCGUCCGAGAUCAUCGGCGUGGGUGGAUUCGGAAACGUGUACAUAGGAACAAUCGACGACGGAACUCAAGUGGCUAUCAAAAGAGGUAAUCCGCAGUCAGAGCAAGGGAUCACGGAGUUUCACACGGAGAUACAAAUGCUCUCUAAGCUCAGACAUAGACACUUAGUCUCUUUGAUUGGAUACUGCGACGAGAACUCGGAGAUGAUACUUGUGUAUGAGUACAUGUCCAAUGGGCCUUUCAGAGACCAUCUCUAUGGUAAAGAUGUUCUCUCUCCUUUGACGUGGAAACAAAGACUAGAGAUAUGCAUUGGAUCUGCUCGUGGGCUUCAUUAUCUACACACUGGAACAGCUCAAGGUAUUAUCCAUCGCGACGUCAAAUCGACAAACAUUCUUCUUGACGAAGCUUUGGUUGCUAAGGUCGCGGACUUUGGUCUCUCCAAAGACAUUGGUUACGGACAAAACUAUGUCAGCACGGCUGUUAAAGGUAGUUUCGGGUAUUUAGACCCGGAGUACUUCAGGAGACAACAGCUUACGGAUAAGUCGGAUGUUUAUUCCUUUGGUGUUGUUCUUCUAGAAGCUUUGUGUGCGAGACCGGCUAUUAAUCCUCAGCUUCCGAGGGAACAGGUGAACUUAGCCGAAUGGGCUAUGCAAUGGAAACAGAAAGGGUUGCUGGAAAAGAUCAUUGAUCCUCAUCUGGUUGGCAGUGUCUGUCCUGAGUCUAUGAAGAAGUUUGCGGAAGCUGCGGAGAAGUGUUUUGCUGAAUAUGGUGUUGAUAGACCAUCAAUGGGAGAUGUGUUGUGGAACUUGGAAUAUGCUCUUCAGCUUCAAGAAGCCUUUUCUCAGGGAAAAACUGAGUCUGAGGAGGUUGAAACCGGGAAGACCGUGGCUGCUACGGUGGCGGCUCCACCUGUUUCAUCUGCCGCCACAACAAGUGAAGGUCCGGUUUCUCAAACUGGAGAGAAGGAUGACUCGGCCGUGGACCAACACUCUGGAACCACCAGGUUUACUCAGUUUGCAAGCCUCAACGGAAGAUAAACAAGAUUUGUAAUAUAACGUGUUGUUUCUUUUUUUUUUUACAAUUUGAUUUUUUUUUUUUUUUGGAAUAAUACUCUUAUAGAUUUAGCUAGUCAACCUCCCAUAUUGUAGCUUGUUGAUACUUAGGUUUCACAAUAAGACAUUUUCAAGUUUUUAUCUUACGUGUCUGUGAAGUAAACUCAGUCUCUUACUUACUGGCUUACUGCCUUGAGAUGUUACCUGGGUAUGACCACAGAUCAUUAUAUGAAUUGAAAUAGUAGUUGAUACUUCUUCCAAAUGAAAAAGUAGAUCAUAUAUGGUGACGAGGAUUCAGAUACAAAGGGAGCUUUUACAGUUAGUAAACAGAAAAAGUGAAAAUGUUACAGGAUCUAUACGACUCGAGAGUUCCUGAGCUCCCUACUCCAGAGGAUCCUGUCCUAAACAAAAUAUUUAAUAAUCCGAGUGGUUUCUUCCCCCCAUGAAAGAAUCCCUAGUUCAUACUUGUAAUUCUCGUGACACAACCUCAGAAAGUUAGAAAGAUAUAUAAGAAAAGAGCAAGUAUUCA